AUGGCCCCGAUUAAGGCAUUGUAUGGUAGGAGGUGUCUUUCUCCAGUUGGUUGGCUCGAUAUAUUUGAGGUUAGGGCUUGGGGUACAAACUUUCUGGGGGAUUCUUUGGACAAGGACAAGUUGAUUCAGGAGAGACUCUUCAUGGCCGAGGGUCUUGUUGAAGGUUUCACCCAUGAAGGGUGUGAUAAGGUUCGGGAAGAAGAGAAAGUUGAGCCCGAGUGGGAUUAUGUGUUGCUUGAUCAGAAUUUGAGUUUUGAUGAAGAGCCUGUUGCUAUUCUAGAUAGGCAGAUUCUGAAGUUGAGAUACAAAGAGAGAGCUUCAGUGAAGGGAUGGGUGGCACAGUUAUCAAGGCAACUGGGUAAGUAUUGGGGAAGAAAAUCCUGA